AUGUCAUCCAGCGAGCAACCUCGGGUGACACAAUCACCGACCGCCGCAUCUCAAAUUGACAAGAACGAAACUUCACCGUCGUCAAGCACACAAGCACCAAGCGGUUCGAGCAGCCAACAACGAGACCACCACGACACAGCCCCGAAUCAAUUGCCCCGUCAUUCCAAAUCGAAACCAGCGCACGUAAAGGACCAACUACCUCAAUUCUCAGUCGCGUUAGACAUGGCAGAUUUCAAAUCGGUAACGUUGGAAAACAAAGGUUCAGUCGCACGAGACCACAUGGCCAACGAGAGGACCUUUCUCGCGUGGCUACGCACUUCGCUCGCGUUUAUCACGUUGGGGAUCGGCGUGACGCAAUUGUUCCGGUUAGACAAAAAGGGGGCAAAGCUACAAACUACAAACUCCGUGAUCACAUUGCUCAGUACAGGCUCAAGAGGGGAUGGUGACGAUGAUGACUUGAUCAAGUAUGGGAAACCCUUGGGUGCCAUAUUCAUCCUCUUGGGCAUCUUGACGCUUUUAUUUGGCUUUUAUCGGUAUUUCCACGUGCAGAAGUACUUGACUCAGAAUUACUACCCCGCUACGAGGUUGGGGGUGGCGGUUUUGAUCUUUUUGGUGUUGGCUAUUGUAUUGGCUACGUUGGCGAUGGUGUUGAAGGCGAGCUUAGCAUAG